AUAUAUGUCCAUAAAUGUCAAAAUUAUUAUGUUGUAACUUUUGUUACCUAAUUGUAUGAUUUUCAAUAAAAAUGAGUCCAAAGUUCAAGUUAAAAUUUUUAAUACCAUGCCAAAAAUAAAACCGCAGACAGCAACCAGUGUUUCGACGUCUCUACAAACAUGGUCCUGUCUCCGCGAAUAUUACUGUCGAAUCUAGCGCGUGAGAAAUGUAAAGCGUGUUUACGGGACCAACCUCAAUUAUUCAUUCAAAGUGGAGCAAUCUCAGAACCCAAGGCUGCAGUUUUACUGCCGUUAUGUGUGGUUAAUGAAGAGGUACAUAUUUUGUACACUCUACGGUCAUCCGCUUUAAAAACUCACAGUGGUCAGGUAUCAUUUCCUGGUGGAAAAAUUGAUAACGGGGAGGACAUAAUUGACACUGCGCUAAGAGAGACAAAGGAAGAGAUUGGUAUAACUCGUGAUGCGAUCGACGUAUGGUGUACAAUGUCUGCAGUUCAGGGGCGCGACAAGAAUAUGUUGAUAAAACCUGUUGUGGGAGUCAUAAAAGAUUUCGAAAAGCGUGUGUUGGUGCCGAAUUCACAUGAAGUGGAAGAAGUGUUCACUGUUUCUAUAUCAACAUUGUGUGAUCCACAUAACCAUGCACAUUUGUUGUAUGAUAACUAUGCUUUACCCAUAUUUUUAGCUGGUAAACAUAAGAUAUGGGGUAUUACAGGGUUAAUUACCCACUUGUUCCUACAGUGUUUUAUACCCAGUGACAGUUAUUCAGUUGACUUUAUGAGGAAAAAGUUUGAUAUGAAUGAACUAUUGCCUUCCAAGUUAUAGUAUUAUACUUCACAUAUAAAUAAAUAUUAUGUACAAUAGUUAAAGGUUAAUAAACAAUAAUUAAAUUGUUGUAAUGGGAUUUAUGAAAACAAUGAAAUAUAAAUAAAUAACAAUGUUUUAAUUAACUUUUUGUAUACUGACUGAAUGUGUAUAACAUA